GAUUUCCUUUCAAAAGGAUUUAAACUGGUGUUGUGAAUGGUCAAUGGAGGAUCAAGAAGAGAACAUGAGCGAAAAACAAAAGCCCAAGCGAAGUAUGGUAUAUGUUCGCUAAAGGGGGCUUCGUCUGGAAGGCUACGGAGAGUAGAUCCUUCAUAGGUUCGAAUCACAUGGAAGCGUCGAUAAAGGCAUUUUAUUGGAAGAGAAAAAACAUAAAGGCAGUUAGGGAGUUGAAACUCGAGGAAGUUUCUAUCACGAAAGCACCUGAAACUCGUGUAGCUGUUGCCUUGAAUAAAGAGCAACUUUCCGGUUACGUUCUACUGGUCAGGCCUGAAGGUUUUGUGAACAAGGAAAGAAGUAAAGAAGGGGGAGGCAACUGAGGAAUGGAAAAGGGUGAAUGCUGAAAAAUCUUUGGUGAUGUUUUAUAUAUCUGUCAUAUUUGGUUUUUAACAAGUAAAUAGUUUUGUGCUGAAUUUUUUUGGGUGAAUGCCUGGGACAGUUCAUAUCUCAUUUUAUUGGUGCAUAUCUUGAUGACUGGCUGGUUUCAAGAAUUUCUCCUAUAAUUACGUCAGAAAAGACUUUAGCGUUGCUCAGGUGAUGUUCACUUCAACAUCAUAACCUCGAAUUUCAAAUAAUUGUAAUAUGCCUCACUACAAUUUGAUUUGGAAAAUGCUAAAGUCACAAACGUAUAGUUCACAAAUUUCACAAACUUACCUUUUUUGGAUUUUAAAUUAAAAUAUCUUUUAUAAUUUGAAUGCAUCUUUUUUCUAGGAAAGUGUUCAAAAGGUGGAGCCGGGGGUCUCUUGCAAACAGCCUUCCUACUCCCAAGUAGGGGCAAGGUCUGCGUACACACACCCUCCCCAAACCCUACUGUUGUGGGAUUCACCUGGGUUGUUGUUGUUGUUGGUUCUUCACCCAUGUGUUUUCCAGACCCAUGUCUUCCAGAUAAUAAAAUUUAUUGAAUUUA